AUAUGCAUCCUAAUGCCCACCCCACCCCACUCCACUCCCUUCUAUCUGUACAAAACCUCACACCCCUAUUACUUAUUUAUGGACAUACCUAGCACCAACAAAACCUCAAGUAGCAGCUCCCAUUCCUGGGAUCUCCUUGACAUGGGCAACCACCUCUUCAUUGAUCACCAUCAACUACCCAACAAACCACACCAUCCUCCGCUGAUGACACCUUCUCCGCAUCCUUUCGAACCCACCUUCCAUCCAUCUGCUCUCCAAUAUCAGCCAACACCCACCACCGACGACGCUCACAACGAACUCGGCGCCAUGAAGGAGAUGAUAUACAAGAUUGCCGCCAUGCAGCCUGUCGAUAUUGAUCCCACAACCAUCAAGAAGCCGCGCCGCCGAAACGUGAAAAUCAGCGACGAUCCCCAGAGCGUUGCCGCCCGCCACCGACGCGAGAAGAUCAGCGAGCGCAUCAGGAUACUUCAGCGGCUUGUCCCCGGAGGAACAAAGAUGGACACUGCAUCCAUGCUUGACGAAGCCAUACGCUACGUGAAAUUCCUAAAGAGGCAAGUCCAGCAGUUGCAGGCAAACCCCACCGCGCCAAUUAAUGCCGCCAUGGCUGCCACAAGCCCGAUCGGCUCUGCAGCAGACUGGCCUGCUGCGGCAACAGCCACCGGGUUCAGAUUUGUUGCUGAUGGAUCUGGAAGCAGUAGCAUGGGCUGAGAAUCCGAGAUCGCAGUUGGUAAAUUAAUUUGUUACUUGUAGUCUAAUUUUAUGGAAGUUUAUAGGUUAAUUUAGUAACACACCAAUACGGUAGACUUGACUCAUGGUUUAUCUCUGUAUAUUUUAUAAUAAAUAAGUCUGUUGAAUUGGAACUUGAAAUAUGGUUGCAU